AUGUCGGACAAGGAAUUCGCUGGCAGUGACGAGCUCACUCUGCCCAGAGCAACCGUCCAAAAGAUCAUUACCGAAGUCCUCGCCAAUGACCAGGGAAUGUCCUUCGCUAAAGAGACACGAGACUUGCUCAUCGAAUGUUGCGUCGAAUUCAUCACUAUGAUAUCUUCCGAAGCGAACGAAAUUGCCGAAAAGGACGCGAAAAAGACAAUUGCUUGUGAACACAUUGUCAAGGCUUUGGAAGAGCUGGGCUUCAAUGAAUACGUUCCGGACUUGCUCGAGGUCGCACAACAGUUCAAAUCACAACAAGCGAGUCGCGAAAAGAAGCAGAGCAAGAUCGAGCAAUCUGGCAUGACCGAGGAGGAACUGCUUAGACAGCAGGAAGAGCUGUUCAGAUCGGCCAACGAGAAGUUCAAUGCUGGACCUGCAGAGCCUGCUGAGCCGGCAGCAUGA